AUGGAGGAGAAAUAUGACACCAAAGAGGGAUCGAGAGAAACCCCUACGGACGUUCAUCGUGGUAUUGUACUCCCACCUGACUAUGGCAAACCUUACGCUUGGUUGGACAAUUUAUCAUUUUGGAUAUUCGUCGUGGUUUGCGGUGCUUAUUUUCUAUUCACCACCAUCGUCCUUGCUGCCGUCACUGCGGAUUGGGAUCAUAUCAAGACAGAAGAUCAUCUGAGCAAAAGGGCGGACGGUUCAGGAGUGACAGUGACUACGACGAGUAGUGGGAAUGGUGAUAUUCUUGACAACUUGGAAAACGCAGUACAAUUCGAUACGAAAACUUUAUUGGCGUUUGGGAUUUCUACAUUCACAUCUUUUAUUUUGUGUAUCCUCUAUGCUAUUCUGAUAGGAUGGAAACCACGAUCUAUCAUGUUUCUUGCUCCCGUUCUAGGGGUAAUUCUUUGUAUUCUCAUGGGUGUUGGCUACUAUUACUAUGGCAAUACAAGACUUCAAUCGUGUGCCAGAGCUCUCAGACUCAGUAUAUGGCAUCUUGGAACACUUGCUACAGGCGGUAUUUUGGUACUUACUAUAGAAACGUUGCAUUGGGUAGUCCGAACAUUGUGCGUUGGUUGGCUGGCUUGUCUCUUCGCAUGGCUUUUGUCUAUCUUGGAUAGAUGGUUAGAGACUUUCAAUAAAUACGUCCUGCGACAGCUGAGAAUAUUAGCCGUUGGAAAUCCAUAUGAUGAAGAAGGAAAUCUUCGGACGGAAAAGCAGUACCUCGGUUUCGAAUCGACAUUUAUGCAAGCUUCGCGUCAUACCAACAAGUUCUUCACUUCAGGUAUUCUGCAUCGUAAUCAUCGUCUGCAUAAUCCGGCAUUAGUACAAAAGCUAGGAGCAGCAAUAAAGAAUCAUAAAGGACUGGCAGAUAUGGUCAAUGAUGCUUUAGUCUCUGGAGCACUCAACAUGGGCACAUUGGUAUUUGCUGUCGUAGGAGCCGCUCUGGCAUUUAUCACUGCGCAUGAAUUAUCCGAUACUACCGUAGCUGAUAAAGUUGGACAAGUCGUCAUAACCAUUUACGCAUUUUUCUUGACUGCUAUCACUUCCUGGACAUUAUGUUCCGCCCUUGCUGCUGGUAUCGACGCUUUAUUCGUUUGUGUUGCCGAAGACCCAGAACGUUUGGCGGAAAUAGAUCCUGAGCGAUACGAAAUAAUCGAAAGAGAUUAUCCAGGUGUUUUCAGAAGAGAAUUAGUUCAUCCUGAUGAGAAUAUGAUACAAGAAACUCUUAGAAAGUUUUCUCAACGUAAACCAUUUUGA